AUGGCUCGGCCUGGAUCGAUUGUGGGAGAAGAUGAGUUCAAGAUUUACGAGUUAGUCAAACAAUUCUUGGAAGAAAAAGUGUCUGGAGAUGUUCCCGUAACCGUUGGAGAAGACGGUGAAUUGAAGGACUAUAAUGAUCCCUUCAAAGCCCGAGCAUCUGCUACUUCUUUGGAUCACACUGAAGUCUUGCGUUAUAUUCAUCGCAAGUGUCUCAAGAUGAGACGCAAGAAGAAUAAGUCGUUGGAAGAGUGGAUUAGAAAGGCUCAAAGGGAUUUAAUAGAUGAGGAAGAUGAGCAUCCACUUAUUAUUCGUAGUGACAGAGAAGAAGAUGAAUCAGACGACGAUGAAUCGAAUUUGAUGGAUGUUAAGGAUGAGAAUAAGUUGAACAAAUCAGUUGUCUCGCAAUGGAAACCGUCAACAACAGUUACUGCUACUGCUACUGCUACUCCAGAGCCUUCUAAAACUGAUAGUGAAGAAGUCAAGGAUAGUCGUAAAAGAAGUGGUGACGGUACCACAUCAACCAAACUGAGCUCAAAGAAACACAAAUCCAAAAUUGACCAUUCAACUCCAUCUAUUACUCUAUCUUCCUUAGGUGGUUUAGAUAGUGUAACCACACAACUCAUGGAAUUGAUUGGGUUACCUAUAUUGCAUCCCGAAAUCUAUAAAGCCACCGGUGUUGACCCUCCACGAGGAGUCCUUUUAUAUGGUCCACCUGGUUGUGGGAAAACCACCAUUGCCAAUGCAUUGGCCGGAGAAUUGCAAGUUCCAUUCAUUAAUAUCUCUGCCCCCAGUGUUGUUUCUGGAAUGUCAGGUGAGUCCGAAAAGAAGUUAAGAGAAAUCUUUGAAGAAGCCAAAGUAUUGGCACCCUGUAUUAUAUUCAUGGAUGAAAUUGAUGCCAUUACUCCGAAAAGAGAUGGAGGUGCUCAAAGAGAAAUGGAAAGGAGAAUCGUGGCUCAAUUAUUGACCUUAAUGGAUGAAUUAACUUUGGAGAAAACAGGUGGGAAUCCCGUGAUUGUAAUUGGUGCUACUAAUAGACCUGAUUCCUUAGAUCAAGCAUUAAGACGUGCCGGUAGAUUUGAUAGAGAAAUCUGUCUUAGUGUUCCAAAUGAAGAACAAAGAGUUUCUAUUCUUCGUACUAUGACCAAGACUUUACGGUUACAAGAUGGUGAUCAUUUUAAUUAUCGGGAAUUGGCCAAAUUAACUCCUGGUUAUGUUGGAGCGGAUUUAAAGAGUUUGGUAACGGCUUCGGGCAUUGCUGCAAUUAAAAGAAUCUUUGAAGGUUUAAGUGAACAACAAGAAGAAAUGUUAAAGGAAGAAUUGGAUUCAAUGGAAAUUGACAAAGCAUUGAAUUUGGUCCCAAUUCCUGAUGAAAGUGCAGUUGAAAGAUUCAGCUCUAAAUCUGAACAUGAAAAGCUUUCAACCAUUCAGAAAUUUUUGAUCAAGCAUCCAAACCCCUUAACUGAGGAGCAAUUGGCUCCAUUGGCUAUUAAAUAUGAAGAUUUCUCUGCUGCCUUGCCCACUAUUCAACCAACAGCUAAAAGAGAGGGUUUUGCAACUGUUCCCGAUGUUACAUGGCAAAAUGUUGGUGCGUUGAGUCAUAUAAGAAUGGAGCUUCACAUGUGCAUUGUUCAACCCAUCAAGAAGCCUGAAUUAUAUCUUAAAGUUGGUAUCAGUGCCCCAUCUGGAGUCUUGAUGUGGGGUCCACCAGGUUGUGGGAAGACUCUUUUAGCAAAAGCCGUUGCGAAUGAAUCACGAGCCAAUUUUAUCUCCAUUAAAGGUCCAGAAUUAUUGAACAAAUACGUGGGUGAAUCAGAAAGAGCCGUUAGGCAAGUUUUCCAAAGAGCCAGAGCUUCUGUUCCAUGUAUAAUCUUUUUCGAUGAAUUGGAUGCCUUGGUCCCCCGAAGAGAUACUUCCUUAAGUGAAUCCAGUUCAAGAGUAGUCAAUACUUUAUUGACUGAAUUGGAUGGGUUGAAUGAUCGUAAAGGGGUCUUUGUGAUUGGAGCAACUAAUAGACCAGAUAUGAUUGACCCUGCGAUGUUGAGACCAGGUAGAUUGGACAAAACUUUGUAUAUAGAGCUUCCAACGGCACUGGAAAGACAUGAGAUUUUGAACACAUUAGUGAGAGCAAACCAUACUCCUACUGCAACCAAUGUUAAUCUUGAACAGAUUGCCAAUGCAGAAAAGUGUCGGAACUUUUCGGGUGCCGAUUUAUCUUCAUUAGUUCGUGAAGCCAGUGUGUUGGCCUUAAAGAAAAAGUUCUUUCGAGGUCAACAGAUUCAGCAAUUGGAUGCUUCUGGAUUCUUUGAGGAGGAGGAAAAGGAAGUUGAUGAAGACAUUCUUGUGACCAAUGAAGAUUUUGAACAGGCUUUGGAGAGCAUCAGACCCUCAGUAAGUGAUCGUGAUCGUGCCAAAUAUGAGAAAUUGAACAAGCGUAUGGGAUGGGGAGUUUUAAAGGAUAAGGAGGAAGACACUAACAACAAUGAGCUGUCUAUGGCAUGA